AUGGGACAUGUUGGUGCAGCUAUAGCAUAUGGAUCUCUCCUACUUAGAGGUGCUCAAGUCCCAGAAUCUCUAACGAAAUUCUGUUCGAAGAGGAGUUCUUCUGCAAGAAAAGUGAAAAACACUGAAAGUACUGAGAUGGAUCCAGUAGAGAGAGCAAAGGCACAAUUCCAGAUUGCAGCAAAAGCAGGAUCUGAUCUUGGAUUAAAGUGGCUGCAAAGACUUGACGAGGAAGAGAAUCGUCUACUUGAGGAGAGUCGAUCUAAGGAACCAUCCUCCCAAAACUAA